AGCUACUUUUUUUUUUUUAAAGCAAGGAGAGAUGUAUGCAUGUAAUAUAAGCACAGUGCUUUUCCUCUUUUCUAGUGAUUUCUAUUUGUUUUUUUGUCUUAUGACUUGUUGCACUACUUUCUUUUUCAUCAACUUAUUGAAUAUACAACAGCGGAAUCCCGGCCUUCUCAGCAGGAAAGCAAAAGAUGGAAGCACCAUCGUCGACGACGAAGAUCACCGUGAAGUCCGUCGCCGAUGGGCAGGAGCUCAAGGAAUCAUGAGCAAUGCUGAGAAUGGCAACAAGUUGCUGGUGCUGGAGUUCACGGCGCCGUGGUCGGAACCGUGCAAAUACAUGAGCAAGGUGCUAGAUGGAAACCCCCCCGGGAGAGGACUUGCAUACGAGUUGCAAGACUAUGCUGACUUUUGCUCGCUUGACAUCACCAAAUUCAGGCAAUUCGCGCAGCGCAUGACAGUGGAGGCCCUGCCGACGUUUCUGCUGCUCAAGCAGGGCUACACGGUGCUGGGCCGCGUCGUAGGCGUUGACAAGGAAGAGCUCAGGAGCAGCAUCAAGCAGGAACAGAGACAGAGACAAAUCGGCCGGCCUGGAAAUGGUGAAGCCCGAAGAAGAUAUAGAUAAGCCCGUGCACCACCGGAAAACCGAUAGUUGCCGAAUGUCUCGGUUUUUGCCGAGUGCCAGACCACGGGCACUCGGCAAAGAUAUGGUUUGCCGAGUGCCAGGCCGCGGACACUCAGCAGGAAUCUGGCACACGGCAUGCCGGCCCGGGCGUUGCCGAGUGCAGGCCGUCGGCAAAUCAAGGCACUCGGCAACGUGUCUCCUUUGCCGAGUGCUGGCCGGGCGGCACUCGGCAAAGCUCGAGCACGUGCCCAGCACGCGCGCCCGCCGUGCGCCGCCCGUCAGGGGGGCUGACGGCGUCAACUCUUUGCCGAGUGCCUCCAGCUGGCACUCGGCAAAGGUGAAAUAUUACCGAGUGUCUCCAGCUGGCACUCGACAAAGUAGAAAUGUUGCCGAGUGCGCUGGCGUGGCUCUCGGCAAAGCUUCUUUUGUCGAGUGCUGGUGCCCAGGCACUCGACAAACUUGGUUAAAAAAAAAAUUUUGGGCCUUCAAAUUUUUUUGGUCUCCACUUAAAUUUGAUAAUGUAAUUCCUAGUAACAUAAAAUAAUUUUAUUGAUUGGUUUACUAUUUUUCU